CAUGUGAGCCAGCUUGCAUGUGGCGCACUUUUCGGCGAGGAGGCGUCAAUUUCCGCUCGCAAACACGGCCGGAACGGAGAUGGUGGCGGUGGAGUCGGUUCCAGCGCGGGGGUACUCUCCGUGUGUGUGCACACGGUUACUCGGGCUGGCCGUCCAAAAAAAAAGAAGGAACUUCGGCUUCGGAUUCUCGGUCCAAAACAAAGUCCCGAGGAACUCCGUCCAGUUUGGCGAGACCGCGGCAGUGUGUUCCGUUGCGCGUUCUACGUGAGACCCCGCUUGUUCCGUACGCUUGGGCCCGGUUGUCCGCGUCCGUUUCCGGCCACUAAUUGUCGAGAUCGACUCCAAUUGACCGAGCUCGCUAUUUCAAGAAGAGAGGGGUCCAUCAACUUUGGUGUUUGAAAUCGGGUACCGAAAAAUAGUUGAGCAAACUGCCAGAAUUUUAAUCCCGGUGUCCGGUCUCCGACUAACCCGUCGUCAACGGUGAAUUGGAAAAGUUUUCCGAUUAGAUCGAACCUGGUUAGUGUCUGUCCUCGGUGUAUGUAUGUGUACUUAGUCUUCGUCGUCCACGCUGCUGCUGCGCCGCCGUGCAUCGCACGCUUUGAUCGACCUUCCUUGCACAUUAAAAACCUUAACUCGCAUGUGUUAGUGGGACUGUGUGUGUGUGUGUGGAUGAAGUAAAAGUUGAUAAGCAAAGGUAGAGAGUGGGAAGAGAAGCUGCCUCGAAAGUGGAAUAAUACCACAAGCAGUGGGUUAACGGAAGAAGAAAAGAAGGAAGAAGAAACUAAGAAAGGGAAGAGACUUUGAGAGGUAAUCAGUAGAAAGAAGGGAAUCGAAAAAAGGUAGAAAAAGAAGAAGACUCUUUUUUUGGAGAAAGAGCGAUAAAGCGCGCAGCUGAAAGAAGCUAAGAACAAGAAUUGAGUAAGGCUGUCUGUGAGUGUGAGCGUGCGUCAGCGAAGGAGAGAAGAAAAAAAGAUCAGAACCAAAGGGAAAAGAAUCAGGACAACUCGAACCGAUCAGUUGAGUCAAAGCAGCAUAACAUUAAAAGAUUAUGCGAUAUUAUCGAAAUAAUUAAGGAUGUAAUUACCUUAAAAGGAUAAUUCCAAAAGAUUAUUCAUCUUUAACGAAGUUCCCUGAAGAAGCUGAUCCAAUCAACGCGCGCGAAGCAGUAGCAAUUGUCACCGAGGCAAAGAUCAUAAAAAAACGAGGGGUCUCUUCUCACCCUACCCAGCGCGACAUCUAGCCGUGAAGAAGUGCCGCCAAAUCGCAGUUGGCGCGCUGAUCGUUAAAGAGAAAUAAUAGAGUGAGGAAAAAAAAAGAGUGCAAAAAGUGUUUGGUGUGGGAAGAGAGAGAGAACCAGCUCCCAAGUGAAAAUAUUUAUAUGAUUUUAAUGAGAAUCAAGAUAAGAAAUAAUAGUUGGAAAAUAAUAAAUAAAGGCAAACAUUAGCGGGCGAGCGCGCGAGGGUUCGGCGACGUGUCAAGUGAAGAAUGGUCACACCGUACUGAAGAGACCUUCCCCCUUAAGCUCGGGGAGUGCAUCGCGAGUGGCCAAAUUGCUGAAAUGAAAUAUAGAUCCGCGUCUCGCGGUGAAAAUUGAAAUUUAUUUAGAUAGAUAAAAAGAAGUGCACACACACGCGGUGCGCCGCAAGGAAAAACGGAAAAAAAUAGAAAAUUAUUUAUAAAUAAUAGCCAAGCGCGCGCGAAAAUAACGGGCAAAACUGGUGAAUCGAAAAAAAGUGCCACCCCCACCUUGAAAAAAAAAGAGCAAGCAAGCAAAACUGCAUCAUCAAACUGCUGCAAACACCGCGGAAAAGCUAGCGGCGCUAUUGUGUGAGUUUGUGCGACUGUGUGUGUGUGAAGAAAAAUAGUGCGCGCGGAAAAAUCUAUCAAUUUUAUCAAAAUCCCCUCGCCACGCAUCCACCCUCGUUUUGACGUUCCUUCGGAACCGGGGGGCCAAUCUAAUCAAUAAAAAUAACGAGCGCGUUUCACGAGUCGCAAAAAGUGCAUCGCGGCAAAUGCAACUCAAGUGAAAAAGAAGGCUUCGUGAAGUUUUAAGGCUAACAAGCUAGUAUAAAUCCCGCCCGGAAUCCCGCCACACUCAAGCCGUCAAGCUGGCCGCGUCAAUAGCAAUGAACCCGCACUACCAUCCGUACCCGGACCUGGGCUCGUCACCGCACUCGCCCAGCCCGGACAACGCCAACUAUCCGGGCGGGAUGGUUGGCGGGCCACACCACAACGGGCACGGUCCCGGGGUGGGAGGGCCGCAGGGGGGUGGUGGCGGAGGUGGCGGUGGUAACCCGAUGGGGGUUAGCCAGAUGGACAGCCAGGCGGUCGGUGGGUUCCACGGGAUGAACAACGGGGCGGGACCGGUGAAGCACUGCGCGGGAUGUGGAGGCAAAAUUACGGAACGAUUCUUCCUGCACGCGCUGGACCGGUACUGGCACAACAACUGUCUCAAAUGCUCCUGCUGCGGCGCGAUGCUCGCGGACAUCGGCUCCAGUUGCUACACCCGCAGCGGCAUGAUCCUGUGCAAGGGCGACUACUCCAGGUUGGUACCAGUUCAGCAGUCACCUCGAUUAUUCGGCUCGGGAGCGUGUUCCGCGUGCCACCAGACGAUACCGGCCAACGAGUUUGUGAUGCGGACGACCUCCCACACGACGAUAAACAACAACAACCAAAACGGUGCGCCAAACAACAAUAACAACAAUAACAACAACGGCCAAACCGUCCCCCAGCACCACGUGUUUCACCUCAAAUGUUUCCAAUGCUCGAAGUGCGGCUGUCAUUUGGUGCAGGGUGACCGGUACUACAUGGUCGGAGGUAAUUUGGUCUGCGAACAGGACUGGCACAAGCUGGUCAAGACGUCGAACGCCCAGACGAACCCGCCACUGCGCAAGGGCAAGGUCGGGCGACCCCGGCGAUCGCGAGACUGAGAUGGCCCCCGGCUGGGUCGUCCGCCCAAGGUGAAAC